GGAGAACAAAAACAAAAGAGCUUCCCUCUUGCGUCUCGACACUCUUUCCUUUUCGCAGUUCCCAGGUUGGUAGAGUGUCCCAUUACCUUUCUGGGACGGUCGUGGAUGAGAUCCAGCUGGACUCAUUCUGCAAGAGGAGCGUCGUGAUUGCCGGGCCAUGCCUUGAGACAGGUCCAGGCCAAAAUGAGCCCAGUCCGAGAUGGCUGAGAUGCAAGUUCAUACUGAGCCCCCUUCCAUAGGCAAGGCUUCACCUGCACCCCAAGCCCAAACCCAGGCCAAAGGCAAGGCCCAGGCCAAGCCGCCAGCUGCACAACAGCAACCGCGAGGCCCAUCUAUCCACCAGAUAUACGCGCUGCCUGCACCCAUCCGAACCUUUCCCCUCCCAGCAUUCUACCCAAACAACCCUAUUUCGCUGUUCCAUGUUGCCUACGCAUGGUUGGGUCAGGUUUUCCGACCGCCGCCUGUAGAGCCUGCCGUUGUCCACCAUGGCGUCUGGUCUGAGACGACAAUCUCUGUGCAUAUCAAGGAUGAAAAGUCCAUGAGGGCCUUGUGGGAGCAAGGCUUCUAUGGCAAGGGCAAUCUCAGUCGAAGUGAGCCCAACUGGCUCAAGAGAGAGCAGGUUCAAAGGGGUCUCCAGGAAGUUCACGUCAGCGAGAUUUUCACGCAGCAAAGGCGAGAUGAGCGAGCACAAGCCAAGUGGGAGCGUGCACGACUUGAACAGGAAGCCAUCUUGAAGACAAAGCUUGAAGAGGAGCGGCUGGCUGAAGCUCGCCGUCUGGCAGAUCACAAGGCACAGGAGGCACAGGAGGCCCAAGAGGCCCAAGAGGCCCAAGAGGCAGCCGUAUCAAGUUUCCCCCAGCUCCCCCUUGCACCUGUUGGCCCGUUAGAGCUCCUCGCACUCCCAAACUCAGCGGUAGUUGUCGUAUCACGGCAACAGCCAGUUCCGGCGCCUUUACCAUUUGUCGCACCUGUCGGUCCCCUGCAGAUUCUAGCACUACCAAACUCGGCUUCCGACAUUGUUAAUGCCACACAAGUAAAGACGCAUCCUGAUGCGGCCCCCAUCACUAAAGCAAACGGAUCCUUGACACUCCCUUCCUCUCACCACGGUUCGUCCACUGACGAUUCCGAGGAGCCCCGGACUCCCAUCACCACCGAGACCCCAGAGCUGUUUAGGGACGACCGAUCCGUAAACUCAUCUAGUGAUGGCACGGGAAACAAGUUGCAGCGCAGAAAGAGCGUGCGGUUUUCUCCCACGGUGGAAUCGGCGACGUAUAAAGCAUCCGACCCCCCGAGCCCCAAUCGCUCCCCACCCGUGUCGUUUUCCCAGCCAUCCCAGGCCAACGGCGAGGGCAAGUCAAUUAGCCAACCCCUCACCCAACUGCCAUCCGCAAGCGUUCCCGUGUCAGAUCCCAUUAUCAACAAGGAACACCUCCAGUUGAUGCCAGAGGAGGCCUUCUUCCUCUCCUUUGGCCUUGGGGUUCUGGAAAUCACGGAUCCUGCGUCUGGCAGAGUGCUGUCGCGCCAAGACCUCUUUUCCCUGUUCCGGCAAUACUCUUACUUCCCUCCCCGAAAUGGCCCAGACGAGCCUGAUCUCGAGCCCGAUGAUGGAUUCCUCGUCCAUUAUGCCGUGUACCAUCACUUCCGAUCAUUGGGGUGGGUACCUCGAGCGGGCAUCAAAUUCGGAGUCGACUGGCUGCUGUACGCCAGGGGACCGGUGUUUGACCACGCCGAGUUUGGACUGAUUGUGAUCCCCUCGUAUUCCGAUGCUUGGUGGAAAAAGGAGGGUAAACAAGGCCCUCGGAAGCCGUGGUCGUGGCUGCACAGCGUUGUACGAGUCCUGUCCCACGUCACCAAGAGUUUGGUGCUGAUCUACGUGGAUGUGCCGCCUCCUCACAAGUUUGAAGAGGCGCUGAAGGACGGCAUCACGGAGGCAAUGAAGCUGUACAAGGUCAGAGAAGUCAUGGUAAAGAGAUGGUCGAGCAAUCGAAACCGAUGAAUGGACCGCUGGCGUCCAUUUCAACCUCUGCUUUGUUUUUUUUCCUUUCCAGUGUCUUGUUUGUAACAUUAAGGGUGAUGCUUGGGGAAUGUAUGGAGUAUUACAUGGGCAAAUGAUAUUGGAUACACGUCAGCGACAACGUGUGUAAUGUAUACGAGAAACGAUGGAACGAAUCUGAAUCAGGUUACAGGUGCCUUCUCGAAGCAAAGAGUUGGCGCGAUGUUACGAGAAACCCAAAUUGAUUGGUAGCAUUUCUAAGAGGCUCAAUACUUUGAAAAUUGAAACAUAUUAUCGAAUG